AUGGACUAUCCCGACAUUGGAAAUCUACGAAUCUCGUCUGAUAAUGAGCACGAUCACACCGGGCCUGCACCUAGUAACCAGGAUACACGUGCAGGUGGAUACGAGUCUCAGCAGGGUCAUAGUGAGGAUUGCUGCGCACGCGUCGAGUGGCUCCAUUCUGGGGAUGAGCCAGAAAUAAUAAUUACCGAUGCCCAAAAAAGCUCUGAGGGUGCGGGAUCUGUAUAUAUUGCAUACGUCAUACGUUCUGGUAAUGUCGAGACCCGGCGGCGUUAUUCCGAGUUUGAGUCUCUCAGAAACAGCCUAUCGAAGCUCUAUCCCACUCUGAUCAUCCCGCCCAUUCCGAGUAAGCAGACGAUAGGUGAUUAUGCCAUAAAGCAGAGCAAAGCCAAAGAGGAUGCAAACCUCAUUGCUCGCCGUAGGCGAAUGCUUCAAGUAUUCCUUAACCGAAUUGCUCGUCACCCCAUCCUCAGCAAUGAUCACGUCUUCCAUCGCUUUCUGGAGCGCGAUGUUAGUUGGUCCGAGGUUCUCAAUUCCCCUCCGAUCACACUACUUCCUAAGAAUAUCCUUAAAGCGCCUGCUCAUAAUCCUCUAGAAUCCUCAGCCGCGCACGAUUCUCUCCCAGUUCCAUCGCCAUCUCAUCCUCUCCGUCGUCCCGAUCAAAGAUUUCUCGAUUCCGAGUCAUUUACGCAGAAGUUUGAAGCACACCUCACUGGACCUCUCGAAAAAGUUACUCGUCGAACCUCAAAGAGAUGGGCUGAAUACGCUCACGAUACUGCUGAACUAGGUGCCGCACUCAAUGCACUAUCGUUAUCUCUUCCCCCCCAUGAAAGUGACGCGGUCGAACGUACGGGGCAAGCAGUUGACGCUGCUUACGUUGGUGCUACUAAAUUAGUACAAUCCAUCGAAGCAGGCUGGACAGAGCCUAUGCGGGAGUACGCAAUGUUUGCAGGUAUCAUCCGCCGGCUCCUAGUUUACAGGCACCAAAAACACGUUCAGUAUGAGAUGACACUCGAGAGCCUAGAUUCGAAGCGCGAGACACUGGACGAGUACGAGAGGAGUGAAGCAGAGGCCCAGAGGUUGCAAUCAGCUCUGAGUGCAGCCACUGCUCCAAAGAGACCAUCCCCUAGCGUCACACCCAAUAAUCUCAACGUUGCCCUCCCCUCUCCAAAGACUAACACCGGCAAUGAAGGCUUAUCCCCUCGCCCUGGAGCUUCGCCUGCGCCCUCUGCUGAUUCGCUCACCCAGAGUCCCACUCAACUAUCUAUUCCAGACCCGGAUGAUUUCAACACUCAGAGUGCAUGGGGAGGCGAUGAUGGGCCCAGUUGGGGACAGGGCGCUCGAUCGCAAGCCUGGGCGAACCGUAUCAGCUCUGGUCUAUCGUCCACGAUCGAGGCAGCGACAAACGUAGCGGCCAAUGCUGCUUCGUCAGUUACUGGAUCUAGCUCCGAAGCAACGCUACCUGCGCCUUCCUCGGGCCCCAGCACGAGUCGCGCUACCAGUCCGAUGCACAAGCGAGGAGGAUCAGGUCCAAAGGGAUUUUUGAACGCGCUGAGCCAUUCGUUCCAAGGAAUCAUGGAUGUUGACCCAGAAGCGGCGAGGAGAAAUGGAAUUAGUAGGACCAAGGACGGAAUUACUCGAGGAUGCCUUGCCGAUCUUGACAGGUUUCAACGGCAAAAGGUAGCAGACAUUAGGGACAUGUGCAUCGCGAUGGCAAUUGCACACAGAGACUGGGCCAAAAACAACUUGGAAGCAUGGGAGGAGGCCAAAAAAGAGGUGGCCAAGAUUGAGCCUCAUCCAAAUCAUCCUCCAGUUGGAAACCCCGAUGCGCCAAAGUCACCUUGA